GACACAUACGCAUUGCACACUGCAGCGCAGCAUGCUUGACGCCAUCGCCAAGCCGAAGGGCGCGCCGCCACGCCUGCGGCCAUCGAAGGACCCGCGCCUGGCGCACAUUCGGUCCAAGCGUGCGCGGCAGAUGCAGUCGCUGCGCAACUACAUCUACGAUCUGACGCAGGAGCUCGAAGCGAUCCCAAAGCGGUCGGGGCACAUCGCGACGCUGUCGUGGCACGACGUGGCCAAGGCGCUCCAGGACGACACGCUCGAGCAAGUGCGUGAAAACCGAUCGCUGAAGCGCCAAGUGGCCCAUGCCAAGACGCUGCUUGCGACGCUCCAAGACUGGAUGGCACGCGUCGUGCGGCCCAACGAGCGUGUACCGAGCCUUGUCGAGGAGACGUGGCGCCACUCGCAGCUGCUCGCUGGCGACGACGCGUCGCGCCAAGUGGCGUACGAGUGGAUUCUACGGCAGGGCUACCACAACACGGACAGAGCGCUUGCCCACGUGGCUUUUCCCACCGACGCCAGCCACUGCCUCGACGUGCACGUAUCCUUUGGCGACGACAUGGCAUGCCCGCUCCUUUGCAUUCAAGUCAUGACGCAAGAGUUGAUGCCAUUUGACCUUGACGACGUCGCCGCCGGGUACUGGGUCGCCGAAAAGACGUUUGCUCGCGCGUACCGCGACCAGAGUUUGGCCGGGCCCCUCGACGUCGACGCCUUUUCACAAACACAGCGCCAAGACAUCCAGUACCUCCCAGAAGAGAUUCCGUACCCGGGCCAGCGCGUCGUCCGCUACAACGUCCUUAGCGGCCGGUUCCGGGAGCCCGAUCGGAUGACGAUUGCUCUGCGAACGAUUUUGCACGACGAGGCCGACCGCCCAAGGGAAGACAUUGAUGACGGACGCCAAUGGACGAUCGACACCAAGCAGUGGAUCGUGGCUGACCGCGUUGGACCGUCCAUGACACGGUGCAGGACGUUCUACACGAUCCGGCACCCGUUCACAUCCCAAGGCGACGUGGCUUUGCGCGACCUCGCUGCCGUCUACAAUGUCGAUGCGGCAACUGACAAGGAGCUUUGUGCGCAGCUCACUGCCAAGCUGACCAAGGGUCAUUUCGACCAGCGGACGUUCUUUAUGCGGCACUAUGCUGCGGUGCUCUGCCAACUGCAGCACUUGCGCUUGACCAAGGAGGGCAGCCAUUUGUAAUUGUCAUCCACGAUAGCGUAAGUUUAACAUUCCGAUUUAUAAAAAAGCGAGCGAACGUCCGGCGAAGAAGCGCGGCGGGCCUCGUGUGGAUCGUAAAGCUGAGAUGCCAAUGGUAU